CGAGGCGGUCGGGCGGCCGUUGGCGGGCGGCGCGCGCGGGCCGCGGGGGAGGGGCGUUCGGCUCGGUCUCCUCGAGGGCUCCCUCCGCACAAUGAGCCCGUGUGGACGGAGCGGAGAAGGGGCAGCGCGGCGGAGAAACCAACUCACUGCGCCUGCGCGGCCUGCCCCGCCAGCCGGGCACAUCCGCACCGCGGUGAUGAGUCGCACCACGUGAUCCAAAAGGGGGAACUUUUUGAUCCUUCCGCCGGGGUGAGCACGACAGUAGCAGCAGCAGCAGCCUCCUGGUGGUCAGGAUCCUGGCGCCCAGCCCCUCCCGGGGCCCCUGUCUUCUGGACAGCGGCAGCAGCAUGAACGGCAGCGUGGCGCCACCAGGGGUGGUGGAGGCAGUGGCACCGCUGCCCUCACCCGGUUGGCGGGAUUUCUGCGAGGCCCAUGCCCGGGCAGCCGCCCUGGACUUCGCACGGCGUUUCCGCGCCUUCCUGAGCGAGAACCCCCAGUUUGCAGCACCGGGGGCCGAGGCUGCCUUCUCCCGCCGCUUCGCGGAGCACUUCGUGGAGCACUUCGAGGCCGAGGUGAGCCGGGCCUGUGCCGGCGACUCACCCCCCCGCUGCGACAUCGCUCCCUUCACUGGCGCCCAUCAUUGCCCCGGGGGCGCCUCCUCCUCCUCCACCCGCGACCUCUCCGAGACCUGCAGUGACUCCUCGGUGGCCUCUCCAGUGGAGCCGCAGCCCGGCCUGGCCUCAGGGUUGUCCAGCAGCCAGUCUCGUAGCUCUGAGGAUGUCUCAGCCUCUGCCGCGACUGCCAGCACGAAGCCUAAGCUCAAGAAGCGCUUCUCCCUGCGCAACGUCAGUCGCAGCGUGCGGGGCAGCAUGCGAGGCAUCCUGCAGUGGAAGAGCUCAGCCGAGUCCCCCACCGAGGAGGAGGCUGGCGGGGCCAACACCAAUUCCAACUCCUCGGGGGGCGGGGCCGCAGACUCCCUGCCCACCGAGCGCUGGACACACAAGUUCGAGCGGCUGCGGCUCAGCAAGGCACCUGCCCCCAAAGUGGAACUGUCCAGUGUGCGCCGGGAGGGGCUGCUCAAUUAUAUCGUGGCUGAUGACAGCGGAGGGGGGGGUGGCAGCCGGGCCCGAUGGCAGAAAUGCCGGCUGCUGCUGCGGAAGGCAGGCAAGGGAGAGGGCGAGGGCUACCUGCUGGAGUUCUACAUCCCCCCCAAGUCCACCAAGGCCCGGGUCAGCAUCCUCUGCUCGGCGGUGACAGAUGUGCGCACUACCACGCCGCUGGAGAUGCCUGACAAGGAAAACACCUUUGUCUUAAAGAUGGAGAACUCUCUCGAGUACAUCCUGGAGACGGUCGAUUCGCUGCAGAUGAGGUCGUGGCUGGCCGACAUCCAGGACUGCAUGAGCCCGGGGGAGAACGUGGGCAGCACGGACCUGCCCUGCCUCAACCACUCGGAGAGCAUGCCAAGCCGUGAGCUGCCCCUGGUGCCCAGCGAGAGCAACGAGCAACUCUCCCAGGGUGCAUAUGGGGGUCUGUCUGAGCGCCCCUCAGCUUCCAUCUCCCCCAGCUCCAUCUCCAUUGCUGCUUCCCACUUCAACUCCAUGGAGCUGCUGCCUCCGGAGCUGCCCCCCCGCAUCCCCAUCGAUGAGGCAGCUGAGCGGCUGCAGGGUCCCUACCCGCCUGGCCUACUGCACACGCCCUUCCCCGACACUCCUGACGCCACAGGCUCGUUCCUGUUCCAGGGAGAGCCGGACCCCGGCGGGGGCGACCCAGAGCAUCCUCUCUCCGAGUACCCCUGGUUCCACGGCACCUUGUCCCGGCUGAAGGCUGCCCAGCUGGUCCUGGCUGGCGGCCCCAGCAGCCAUGGUGUCUUCCUGGUGCGACAGAGCGAGACCCGGCGUGGGGAGUACGUGCUGACCUUCAAUUUCCAGGGCAAGGCCAAGCACCUGCGCCUGUCGCUGAAUGAGGACGGGCAGUGCCGCGUGCAGCACCUCUGGUUCCAGACCAUCUUCGACAUGCUGGAGCACUUCCGAGUGCACCCCAUCCCGCUGGAGUCGGGCGGCUCCAGCGACGUCACCCUGGUUAGCUAUGUGGUGGCCUCGCAGCGGCUGCAUGGCAGGGACAGGGCGGGCAGCCGAGCCGCCGCCUGUCAGCCGACCCAGCGCAGCCCUGACUCGCCCGGCCUGGUCUCCAUCGGCGCGAAUGACUGUUUAGCCGAGCACCUCCCAUAGCCUGCCCCCCCCGCCCCCAUCCUGGCACGCAGCUCCGGAGGGGGGGCCCCUGCAGCCCCCUUGGCUCAACCCCGAAGCCCCAGCCCCCAGCAACCCCUCCCUGCUGGAGGAGGAGGAGGAAGGGGGCACCACAGGGGACCCGGAGGACGGGGCCACGGGGAGGCUCCUGCAGCUCCAGGUUGAGGAGCCAGAGGGAGACACGGGGCAUGCCCGGGCCAUCAACAACCAGUACUCCUUCGUCUGAGCCACGUUGGGGGUGGGGCAGCCCCACUGAGCACCCCGGGGCCCUGCGACAAGGGAGCCCCAGCCCCACUGGACGCCCCCGGGCCCCGUGAGAGAGGGGGCAGCCCCCUUGAAUGCAGCUUCCCAACCUCCCACCUUACAUGUGAUCAUUGAGCCUCUCCCCUCAGCGGGGGCAGGAAGGUACGUCGCCCCCCCAUUGGCAGAGGGGCUGGGCACCGAAACACUACAGGGCAGGGCCUCUAGAGCGCUACGAGGAGUAAGGGGCUGGUCUUCCCCCGGCCAGGGGGGCCUGUCCCUCCCCCCAUGGCUCCGCACGCUGUCACUGAAUGUAUCGAGUCUCCGAAUGUAUCCUCAUGCAUCCCCCAGUGUGACCUCUGACCCCAGGGCGUUCAGCCCCCUUCUGGCCCUGUUCUUCUCCCACCCCAAAGCAACAUAUUUAUACACCUCCCGGAGCCAGCCUAGGGCUACGGGCCAGACCCCGACACCCCACGUUCGACUGGCCGCACCUUACGGACCCCCCAGUAAAUUAAAGAGAAGAUACUAUAUAUGUCUGUCCCCUCGUAUGUCCCCCAACCUGUGCGCUGCCCCCAUCUGUUCUCUCCUCCCCGCCCCAUCUCACCCUGCACAGCAGUGCCACCGCCCCCCACGGCGCACCCUCCUCACCCCCUUUCAAAAUUAUUUUUCUACUGUGGCGUAGUUAGACUUUCUCCCCCCUGACCCACCCCAGCCCCCUGACUCCGCCCUGUCUGCUGUUUAGUUGGCCGGGGUCCGUUAGUUGGUUUUUGUUAAUUUUUUUGGCGUUUGUACGAACCUCGUUCACCUUUUAAAGAAAAAGAGGGAAAGAAAAGCUCGACUGCAGCAGCAGUGGCUCUGUCUCUUCUGUGCCCUGGGGGCUGGAAAGUCACACACCCUGCACUGGCCUCACCCCCACGCAUGGCUGCCCCAGCGCCAAGGGAGUGUGAGACGCCUCCCCCCCCUCCCCCAAGGGCCUGGGGACGGUGCUCACAAAGGAGUGGGGUGACUAUGGAGGAGUAAAUGUCCCCCUCUGCUGGGGGAGUCGUGGGCAUGGGGGGGCUAAAGGGACACCCCUGCAGCCAGUGUGGGAGCAGGCCCCUGGGGGAUAAAUACUCCCCUGUGCCUCCCAGGGCAGAGGCCGCAGGGAGCUGGGCCAGUGCUGGGAAGGGAGGGAGCUAAGACCUCUCCCCCAGGCUGGAGUCCCCGGCACGCUGACCGUGAGGGUACAGGACAGACACUGGCCAAGCCCCAGCCGCUAGGGUGCAGGGGCCACGCUGGGGAUGGUGGCAGCACAGGCAA